AUGAGUAGUAUUGUUAAAAAGGGUACUCGUUUUACCCCCAAGGUCAGCCAGAGACGAACUCCGCGAAAAGAGGAUCCGGUUUCUGAACCGCCGAGCCAAAUUUCUGGUGCCGAACCUCCUGCAUCUCCACUAUUGAAAACCGAUAUCUUCAAAUCUACUGAGGUUCAGACCACCAGCGUUGUCUUUACCGAAAAAUACUCGCAAUCUCAGACCGCUAUCCCCGGCUUUGAUAACGAAGACAACGAUGGGGAAAUUGAACAGCUCAAGAAACCGCCGGUGGCAGACUUCAGACGGAGAAGAAUGUCCUCCAUCAAGGUGUCCACUCCAAUUUCCUUCAAGUCGCGCCAAGGCAGCGUCUCAGGAGCAAGCGCGUUGAAGGAGUCUGUGGAGCCCGUGGUACCGGUUCUGAUCAGUGUGCCAUUAUUGGCCCCCAGUAAGCGGACCAAGAGACCACGCAACCUCUUAAGUGGUGGCGACAAGAUGGCGAUGCUCAAGAGAUCAAACGCUACGAGAAAGCCUGAGCCAAGAGAUGAAAAGGUAGAAACGGAAGAGCAACCCCAGAUUGAUGCGACAAAGAGAAGAAAAAGCAAGAGCCCCGCGGAGUCCGGCUCUGCGCCCCAUGCGCUCAGCGGCGUGGAAAUCGCGGAUGGUGAGAGCAUCUUCAUUAUCAACCCAACCACCAACAAGAUGGCCAAGAUAAACCAGGCCAAGCUCUCGCAGCUCAAGCUGGGCCCGGUGCUUUCUGGCGUGGAUGUUUUUUCCAAAGUCAUCAGAGAUAUGUCACAGAUUCCAAACGGAAUUUCCGAGGAGGAUCCCAAACUCCUCGAGGAAUACACCGUGGACGAGGAUUCCAUCUCAAUGAGUGAUUUGUGCAAGCCCUCUAUCCCGAUCGGUGCUGUUUCGUCCAAUUUUGACCUCACGAAGGAGGCCCGCAGGCGCAUUCAAAGUCAGAAGUUGAAGGAGCGCGAGCAGCGCGCGCAGGCGCGCCGUGAUCGCAUCUCGCUCGACAAGUUCAUCAAGGAUGAGGAAGAUAAGAACCGAGAGGCGCGCAUUGCGGUACAGAAGGAGUUGAUGAACGUGGACCAAGAAGAGGCCAGGGGCCACAGCGUGAUCCAGUUGACGUUGCAGAACGGUGAGUUGAACAUUGAUGAAGACUCGCUUGUAGUGGAUCGUCACCAGCGUGACAACACCAACAACUUGCGCGAGAAGGAGGAGCAGAACCGGUUCGAGAACCCCGUUAACUCCCGCACCUACGGUAAGGCCCGCUACACCGAUAAGUGGACCGACGACGAGAUGAAGCAGUUUUACAACGCGUUGUCUGCGUGGGGUACGGACUUUACCGUGAUCGCGCAGUUGUUCCCGUACCGCACGCGUCGCCAGGUAAAAGCGCGCUUCACGGCGGAGGAGCGCAAGCACCCGUAUAUUAUCGAGCUCGCGUUGGCACGAAAGCUUCCACAGGACUUUGGCAAUUACAUCGAGACGUCCAACCGAAAGACUCAAGACUUCCCAAGCUUAUUAGACUUCAACGCGAAGUUGGAGGACUUGAAGAAGCUGCACCGCGAGGAGUUGGAAAACAUCGAGCUCGGUAAGCAGAAGGCCAAGUUGGAGGACGCCGAGGUGCAACGCCGCCGCGAGAUCGAGAUCAGAACCGGUACCAGAACCAUGUCCAGAGCCGAAAAGAUCAAGGAGUUAAGACAGAACGAGACGGUCGUGGGGACGGUUGACGAUGUGAAGAAAAAGCGCGAGCUCGAGUUGGCCAUUCCUGAAGAGGCAUAA